AUGGCGCGGUGGGGUGCGCUCAAGUGGCAUGGGAAAAGGAUCUGGAUUCUCUCGUUUUGCCUCCUACAUGUCGUCGUCUUGGCAUCGGCGACGCCUGGUCCCUGUGAAGUGGAAACGGGCCAGACUAGUAUCAUCGUAGACAUUGAAGAGAGCAGAGGAAACCAAGUAAACCAAAGUACAGUGCCGGCAGUAUUACCUAUAGUGGGCGAGCCUGAUGUUGACGUGGUUCUGUCUACGGUGUUCCCCAAGGGUCCAACGUUAUUCCAGCUGGAUGGCAAGCGACUGCAACUGUUGCAGCCGCUGGACAGAGAUGCUGAAAAUUUAUCACAUAUGGUAUUUCAGCUCGUGUGCCAGGUGAAAGCCACGAAGAAGCGGCGCACCAUACCAGUUAUCGUGAGGGUGUCAGACAUCAACGAUAACGCGCCGGUGUUCCAGGGACUGCCUUACGAAACGAGCGUAUCUGAGCUCGUACCAAUAGGCACGACGAUAUUCGAGGGCAUCAGAGCGGUAGACAUAGACGCCGGUGUGAACGGCUUAGCGGAAUACUACAUCAUACCAGGAGACAAUGCUACCUUGGAGGCCGCCAAUGCAGCGGACGGCUACGGCUUCUUCGCCGUGCCUGUCCCUCACCAGGGACAAGUGAUCGUGAACAGAAGCUUGGAUUACGAGCGCACGCAGCAGUAUCUAGUCACUAUUGUUGCUUCUGACCGUGCGCGCGAUACGAAAAGACGGCUGUCCAGCACAGCGACAUUGACGGUAAACGUACAAGACGAUGACGACCAGGACCCAUCGUUUAUUUACAAGGGAUGCACGCUACACGAGGGUGCUUGCUUCAACCCUGAAUAUUCUACUUAUGUAAACAGCGGCGUCCUAGCCGGUAUUCUGAGCAUCGAACCCGAGAAGAUACAAGCGGUCGACAUGGACACUUUGGAUGCCAAGAUCCGGUACAGCAUCGAAAGCGGAGAGCCCGAUAUGUGGGACAAGUAUUUUACCAUAGACUCCAGCACUGGCGCUGUGAGGCAACUGCAGCCUGUGGACACUAGUAUAGCGAAGAAAUUCCAGCUUGUUAUAAAGGCAGAGGAAGCGACUGAAGCGAAGAGAUUCACCACCGCGAAGCUGACGAUAACAGUGAGGCCGGUGGAUGCUAAUCCCCCAGAAGUGGUGGCUUCAUCGGACGAAGGGCAAGUGGAAGAGAAUUCCCCUAAAGGCACUAAGGUAUUGGACUCGAAAGGCGUGCCUAUCAGACUGAGCGUGACCGACGCAGACUUGGGUCCAGGCGAUCCUGUACCGAACUAUUCAUUCGAGCUGACAACAAACUUCUUUGACAUCGAUAAAGACGGUUACCUGGUCGUUAGCGAUGAAAAUCUUGAUCGGGACCAACCGAAUCUUGGCAAAUUCAGGUUCCAGGUGGUAGCAAGGGAAGCGAAUGGCGGCGCUGCGUCUGCGCCGUUCUCCUUAGCCGUUCAACUGCUGGACCAAAACGAUAACGCGCCAGUCAUACCAAAAACUCAACCAAUCACAGUGCCCGCCAGUUUAGAACCCACUUCCGUCUAUAAGGUGGAGGCCACGGACAUCGACGAGGGUGAGAACGCACGUAUAACGUACAACAUCUACCACGUGUCUAACAAUGGUGGCAACAAAUUCACGAUAGAUCCUAACACUGGCGUAAUAUCGAGUACCGGGCGAUUGCAAGCAGGCGAACAGUACAGCGUUACCGUUCGAGCGACAGACGCCAAAGGUCUCAGUUCUCAAGGAAUCGUGGAGUUAUCCGUCGCCCCCGGACCCAAUACGAGGCCGCCACAGUUCUCUUCAAGGGAUUACUUCGCGCCCGUGUCAGAGGGCGCUGCGAUUAACUCCACCGUCACUACAGUCACGGCCAAAGAUCCUGAGAAUGAACCCGUGACAUAUUCCAUUGUGUCUGGAAAUGAUCUCCGCCAAUUCGGCAUCGGUUCUACUACGGGAAUCAUCACUGUGAUCCGGAGUCUCGAUAGAGAAGUCCUCACGAGAUAUCAAUUGAUGGUAAAAGCAGAAGAUCCUGGAAAAUUAGCAAGCACAGCCACCGUCAAUAUCAAGGUCACUGACAUCAACGACAAUAACCCUAAGUUCGACGAGGAAUCCUACGAAUUCCACGUUAAAGAAGGAGAUUCAGGCGAGUUUGUUGGCUACGUUCACGCCACAGAUGUCGACGAAGGCAUCAACGCACUAGUCAGCUAUUCUUUGCCAACACAUUUACCAUUCAGCAUAGACAACGCUACGGGGUUAAUUAGCACUAACACUAAGUUGGAUUACGAACAGACAAAGGCGUAUGAAUUCGUAGUAACAGCCACAGACGGAGCGAUAGAUAAACGUUUCGGAACCGCGUCAGUCACCGUGCAAGUACAAGACGUGCCUGACGAAGUGCCGAUAUUUAAGGAAUCUCUGUACUCAGUGCAUAUACCCGAAAAUGCACCUAACUACCCUAUAGUUAAGGUCCACGCGGACGAUCCAGACACCACUCCAGAGAUUACUUACACGAUAAUGAUGGGGGACACCGAAUUGUUCUCCAUAGACCGAAAGACUGGUCUUAUAAGGACUCUGAAACCUUUAGACCGGGAAACUAUGGCCCGCCACGAAAUCGUAAUAGGAACCGAAGAGAAUAACAGCGACUCACCUAAAUCUACAACUAUGGUCGAAGUACUGGUUGACGACAAGAAUGACAAUGCGCCUAUAUUCACGUCGGUAGUCCGACCAAUCACGAUAGAGGACUCCUCGUCGAUAGGCAGCCUGGUUCAGACCGUUAUAGCUGUUGAUGCUGAUUCGACGGCGCCCAAUAAUAGGGUGCGAUACAAACUUGUGGGAAGAGGGAAAGCUUCCAAAUACUUCCACGUGGAACCGGAUACGGGUGCUUUGAGAGUCAGAGACGAUUUGAGAAAGGAGACCGAUAGCGAGUAUACGGUUGACGUCCAAGCUUACGACCAAGGAGACCCGGUUAUGUCCGCCGUGACCAGUCUCACUAUCUACGUCAGCCAUUCAGCAACCGUACCACCAGAUGUGGGUCUUGGAUUCGCUGACACCGUAUACACGGAGCACGUAGCGGAAAACUCCCCAAAUGGAACAUUAGUACGGGUACUACCAUUAUUGAAUAAGAGGGAACAUUCCCCAGAUAUACCGCUGAAGUGUUUACUCACAGAAACUUCUCAAAAAGGCGUUUUCUACGUUAAACUAACAGAGGAAAGAGACUGCGCAAUAUACUUGAAUACCAGCUCCUUGGACUACGAAGCGAUCAGCGAAUACUCAUUAGAAGUCCAACUAGAAUCUAUAAAAGGCUUGAUUAAUCCAGACAGUAGUAAAGCACUUAUAAAAGUUCACGUGACCGAUGUGAAUGAUAACGCACCUAUAUUUAUGUUCAGAGAACAGUCUACUAUAGCCGGCGCUAUGGGGAAGUACUUUGCGAUCGUUACGAGAGACAUGCUUUUGGAUACAAAUGUAUUACAAGUUAAGGCAAAAGACAAAGACAGUGGCGCUUACGGUAAAAUAGAAUACCAGAAGCACUCCUGGCCUAAAGUCGUAGAGGAAUACUUUAGUUUGGACGGCGACACGGGAAUCAUAAGGAACAUUAAAACGUUCGACCAUUUACCUCAAGACCUGUUACCGUUCAAAUUCAGUGUUACAGCGAGAGACAAUCCCAAUUCACCACAAGAUUACAACAUCGCUAGAGCAUCUGUAGUGAUCAAUCUCCUUCAGAAAGAAAACCAACUAGUAUUGGAAGUAUCCAACUUAAACACUGACGCUAUGGGUCGUAGAGCUAGAAGCGUUCUCACCGCCAUAGAGAAGGAGAGUGGCCUUGUCGCUGGUCUAGAAAAGCUAACGGAUAGACAUUAUCUGGGCGUUAAUGGAACGCUAGAGAGCGAUAGUAAAGGCACCGAUAUAUGGCUGUAUCUAGUAGACCCGGCAACAGGCAAGAUAUUGACGAGAGACUCGCAGUCUGUGAAGAAGGCGGUAGACGGCGGUGUCCACAAGGCAGUAUCAGCAAGUCUCCAAGCACCAGUGAGCCAAGUUCGAGCCCCUCUGAUAGCACCAGAACAAACCCGACGAACGACUCAUGUAGCCGCUGCACCGCUAGCUACAGCGCUGCCGGCCGCUUUAAUAGCGCUUGCAGCGCUAGUACUGGUGGCUGCUACAGCUGCAACUAUCUACAUAUGCGCCUCCUGGAACAGGUACAAGAAACAUAAAGAGCAAGCGAUCCAACAGUACGGCACCCUUAGUAUGAGCAUGCCGCCUCCGCGACCGCCUUCGGGCUACGAGUCCAGCGAAGAUGAGCCGGCGCCGAGAUAUGAGACGCAGGUGCUCAACAUGGCGGUAGACGAUGCAGAUUUGCAGCUAGAUUUCAGUCCAAAUAAUCACGCUUUCAACAUUCAUAGCGUCCAGUAUUUAUCUAAAGAUAAUGGCGAACGCAGUCCAACGCUGUCUGAAACGGCGACUACAGCUCGCGCGUCCAGUGUCAACGAAAACGGGGGAACCCUAAACAACAGUCAAUUCGAUACUCUCGCUAACAACUCGACCAUUGCGCGGAACACGCAAACUUUAAACAGGCGCGUUCCCAACAACCACGCGUUGAACAACGCCCUAGGCACAUUGCCGAGAGUGAACAAUAACAAUGCGGGUAGCGGCCUCCUAGCAGCCACGCUCGGAAGGAAAAUCAACAGCGGCAACAACCAUAAGAAGAAAGCAACGCAGCCCAUAAUGGCGUACGAUGAAAUCCCGGGAUUACAAAGGGCUUCCGAAAACGACAACGUCACAUUCGGUAAAAGGAAUUUCAUUGGAUAUUCGUACGACCAGUCACCAGUAGAGACGACAACUGAACUAUAA